ACAAAUAAUGCACACUAUCUCUCUUCUUUCUGCUUAUGAGUAUAUAUACAUGUGUAUAUUACACUCUCUUGUUGCACUACACACAGUUAGCUUUGCUAGCUAGCUUAAGGGUUUUUUUCUUCUUCUCUGCUGGUUUUGUAUGUUUAUGCUGGCAAAAUGGGCCUUGUAACUGGUCACCGUGUUGUGGGGGCUCUCUUGUGUGCUUUUCUUCUGAAUGCUUUAGUUGUGGCUGAUCAUGUUACUACUGGUGACAAAGACGAUAAGCACUUUUUGGGUCAUCCCCAUUUGUUGAAGAAGGGGUUUAUACACGGCCGUAGGUUUGGUGGCGGCGGCGGCAUAGGAGGUGGUGCAGGUGGAGGACUUGGUGGUGGUAUCGGAGGUGGUGUGGGUGGUGGCUUUGGUGGAGGUGCAGGGGGUGGCGGCGGCCUUGGAGGUGGUGCUGGAGAUGGACUUGGAGGUGGACUCGGUGGUGGUGCGGGUGGUGGAUUUGGUGGAGGCGUAGGGGGUGGCGGCGGCCUUGGAGGUGGUGCAGGAGGUGGAUUCGGUGGUGGUGAUGGUGGAGGCCUUGGAGGUGGUGGUGGGCUAGGAGGUGGACAUGGUGGCGGUCUAGGUGGUGGCAUUGGUCAUGGUGGUGGUUUAGGUGGUGGUAUUGGACAUGGUGGCGGUCUAGGAGGUGGCGGUGGACUAGGAGGAGGUGCUGGAGGUGGUCUAGGCGGUGGACAUGGUGGAGGUCUUGGUGGGGGCGGUGGAGCUGGUGGCGGUCUAGGAGGUGGCGGUGGACUAGGAGGAGGUGCUGGAGGUGGUCUAGGUGGUGGACAUGGUGGUGGUUUAGGUGGUGGUAUUGGACAUGGUGGCGGUCUAGGAGGUGGCGGUGGACUAGGAGGAGGUGCUGGAGGUGGUCUAGGUGGUGGACAUGGUGGAGGUCUUGGUGGGGGCGGUGGAGCUGGUGGCGGUCUAGGAGGUGGCGGUGGACUAGGAGGAGGUGCUGGAGGUGGUCUAGGCGGUGGAGCUGGUGGAGGGCUAGGUGGUGGAGCUGGUGGAGGAGCUGGUGGUGGUGGUGGGCUUGGAGGUGGAGCUGGUGGAGGGCUAGGUGGUGGAGGUGGAGCUGGUGGAGGGCUUGGUGGUGGUGGUGGGCUUGGAGGUGGAGGUGGAGCUGGUGGAGGGCUUGGUGGUGGUGGUGGGCUUGGAGGUGGAGGUGGAGCUGGUGGAGGGCUUGGUGGUAGUGGUGGGCUUGGAGGCGGUGCAGGUGGCGGUGGAGGAUUUGGGGGAGGUGGUGGUGUUGGUGGAGGUGUUGGAGGAGGGUUUGGAGCUGGUGGUGGUGUUGGUGGUGGACUAGGUGGCGCCGGUGGAGGUGGUGGGUUUGGAGGAGGUGGUGGUGGUGGUCACUAAAAAUUAAUCAAGUCCUUAACGUUAUUUGCAGCAGAAAAGGAAGGAAGAACAAAAAAGAAACGUUCUUGUUUAUCACCACGAGCCACUACGAAACCUAAUGCAGUAGAUGUUUCACUUUCUAGUUUAUGUUACUUAAAAGGGUGUUUACAGUUCAUUCUUUCUCAGCAUUCUGGACUGGAAAUGGUUGAUCAUACUGUUCUAGUACGUCCGUCGUAACUCGUGAUAUAGUUUUCUCUUCAUGCAUAUCAUGGUGGAAUCUUUGUAAACCAUAACCAUGCAUGUAUUUUGUAUCAUCUGAAAAUCAAUGCAGAAAUAAUCAAAUUAAGUUGUACCCAA